UUGAUGGUUCUGUUGGGGAUGUCUCUGUCAGGGUGUUUGACAUUGAGAUUGAAGGCGCCACAGGGGAUGUUUCCAUUGGGGUGUUUGACAUUGAAAUUGAAGGUGCCGCAGGGGAUGUCACCAUCGGGGUGUUUGAGGUUGAGAUUGAAGGCACUGCAGGGGAUAUCACUGUCGGGGUGUUUGACAUUGAAAUUGAAGGUGCCACGGGGGAUGUCUCCAUCGGGGUGUUUGACAUUGAAAUUGAAGGUGCCGUGGGGGAUGUCACCGUCGGGGUGUUUGAGGUUGAGAUUGAAAGCGCCGCGGAGGAUGUCGCCGUCGGGGUGUUUGAGGUUGAGAUUGAAGGCGCCGCGGGGGAUAUCACCAUCAGGGUGUUUGACAUUGAAAUUGAAGGUGCCACGGGGGAUGUCACCGUCG